ACUGUGAAAGAAAAUGAUUGAAGCCGUAACUUUGGUUGUAACCAUGGUGUAGUAGAGUAGAAUAUAAUCACUUUUUUUCCCUCUCAAACUCAAAAAUUUGAAUACUGCAUUUUCAAAAACGAACCAACGGCUCCAUGAACGAUUCUAACGGAAACGCAACUUCACCGUUACCAUGUAUCGUUUCGAUCCCUCCAUUCGCCGUCAACCACCGCCGUCUCUCAAGUUCCACAGUUUUCGUCCAGCGGAGCCGUCCAGUCUCAUCGGAGAAGCAAAUGGCUUGGAUUUCCCUUCAGGGACGACUUGUGAACGCCGAUGAAGCUAGCUCGGCUCGAACCAUUGGUGGUGGCUUAACAGAUGAAUUAGCAUUCGCUUGGAAUCUCUUCCCUCCCAUUCAUCGAGUUCUCAUUGUUGCUGUUAUUGGUACUGCUGCUUCCGUUGCUAGGUCGCAGAAAAAUCAAGAGAUAUUGAAGCUUAAGAAAUCCAUUGAACUUAGGGACCAGGUGUUAUUGAGCAUGCAGGAGAAGCUUGACGAUCUUUGUGAGCAGGUUAACCGUUCUGAAGAGAACACAGUUGUUGCCAUCAACAAGUUAUCCAAUAAGGAUGGAGAAUUGCAAUUGGAAGAAGCAUUUGGCUCCGAGAGAAUUAAGUUUGUUGAUUGUGGUUGUUGGCAUUGUGAAGAACAUUCUUCCGUCUAUAAUGAAUUGGUGCAGGAUGCCAAUAGUAGAAAAGCUUCCAGUGGAAAUGAGGUGCUUCAAUAUAAGUCACGCUUCUCUAAUGAAGAACAAGAAGAGAGAAGAAUGUCUGACUGGUCAGAUUUGGCUUCAAGUGUCACAUUUACUUCUGAUAUCCAGCAGGGUGCCAAUAGUAGAAAAGCCUCCAGUGGAAAUGUGGUGCUCCAAUAUAAGUCACCCUUCUCUAAUGAAGAACAAGAGGAGAGAAGAAUGUCUGACUGGUCAGAUUUGGCUUCAAGUGUUACAUCUGCUGCUGAUAGCCAGUUAAACAACUUGGCUAUAGAACAAGAUAUUUAUAAUCUUAAGAGGGACUGCGAAGAGAAGGAGACAACAAUAAAUGAGCUAACCACUCUGCUGAACUCUUCUGAGAUUGCUAACAGAAAGAGGGUUGCUGAGUUAGAAGACACUAUAGAGAGAAAGAACACAACAAUUUCAAAACUAAAGAAGGAUAUGGCUGUUCUAGAACAAAAGGUUAUGCAGCUUACAAGGCUUCGUCGACCAUCCUUUUCUGCAAAUAUUUUAAAUGAAAGUCAGCUGCCACAAAUGAGAGAUAACCUCAUUUAUGAUAUGGACAGCACUACUAGCCCCUCGUCUUCUGAUUCUGAUAGUUCUCCUGUCAACAAUACACAAAAUCUUCCUGCUAAUGUCUUUGUGCCGAACCAGAAUUCUGAUUCUACAAUUGAUCAGACACCUAAGCAAGCAAAAUUUUUAAAAUCAUCAGGGACACUUAUUGAACGUCGCUCACAAUCUCGAUACGCCAGUCCUCUUCAAGAAGUUCCAAUUUAUCAUAAAUCUAAUGCAGCUUCUUCUUCAAGCCAAAAGCAAUUGUCACCUCAUAAGGACUUAAAAAAGAGUAGAAGACGAUCUCUCACUGGAGCUAAGACUGCGGGUGCACAUAAGAGAUGGGUUUAAUAGCGAAUAGCCAAUAUUCUCUAGGUUUAUAGUGAUAAGUAAAUUAAUAAAUUAUAGAUAGCAGCAGCAGGGACUGCUUAAGUUUUAACCAUAAAAUAUGGUCUGAUAAAUAUCAAACAGCUUUUGCUGUCUAUGGGAUGAUCUCUUAUUUCGAUUAGUAUCUUUCUGCAGACUAGUUUAGCCAUUAAAUAUGGUCUUUUGUUUUGUAAGUAAUUGCAGAAGCAGAAACCAGUAAAACCUCAUUUUCGUUUUUGUUGUUGGGAUGAA